AAUGGUGCAAUAGCCUGAAAGAAUCACAUUAUACAAACGAAUAUAUAUGGACUAGAUAUUAUUAUAAGACGUACUUAUACCAGUGUCAAGUUGACGAAGGAUUCUUAAUUAGUAUUUCAUGAUAACACAUAGAAAACACGAACGCAGAAAAGAUGGCACACCAACGACAUCAUAACCACCAUCAUCGUCGACACCGUCACCACCACCGGCGGCACCACCAGCAGCAACAACAGCAACAACAACAACAGCAACUGGUCUCUCAAAAUGGGCCUCGACAGCCUGAGACUCCGACACGGCGGGCCAGUGGGGAGCGGCAGCUUCCGGUUUUUGAUAACCCGCCUCGCUCGGUUACCUCGGGAGUCUUGUGGCCAGUGCAUAGUUUCUCCGCCUUCCAGCCUCUACAGGAAGAAAAGAACAUUCUCGCGCAACUGCAGGAAUAUUGGGCGGGUAAAUACGGUUGCCCUGGUCGCACAGACUUAUAAUCACACCCUUAAUAAGAGUGACGAGAGCGCCGUCCCCGCCGCCUCGUGCAAUAUGUAUAUAGGGGAUGACUUUUCGGUGCGUAUACGCCAAUGGUUCCGUUUCCUAGCCUGCAUAGAGGAUAACAAAGUGGGCGGCGUCCUUCAUUGCGACUUCACGCCGCACCGGAAGCUUACGGACAUGAGCCUAUCCGGUGACGCUACCAAGAUGCGAGAUGUCCCGAAUGCGGGAGGCUCGUCCGUGGGGUCUGAGGUCCUCUCCCUCGAGCUUCUUAGGAGGUGCUUCAAGGCAAAACUAAUCAAGACGGAAAUGGAGGUGGAGUACUUCCCGGAAGGCGGAAGUAUCACAGAUUACGUGUGUGACGUUUUCGGUUCCAAGCUCGGGGUGUCCGUCACGCGCGCGCGUUCCUACUUUCGUGACGUCACAUUCUCCCUUGAUGACGCCUCCAGACUGCUUAACAAGAAACUAAGAGGUAUUAACCAAGCCAACCGGAACUCACUGGAAAACUGGCACAAGCAAGUACUUCACGUAUGGUCAGCCGGAAAUGACAUCACCAACACACUCGUGCAAGCGUUUCAUCACCUUGAACCGGAAGUGGUAUCCAACACGGUUGUGCUUAUCACCACAACAACCACCGCUUGUGAUUUCAUCUACAUAAACGGUUGAACUUCCAUGUAACAAAGAACAAAUUCGUUUAUAAUAACUUAUGGUCAUGAGAUCACUGCACGUGGCGAAAAGGCACGUGGCGUCAAAGAGGAGGAGAGAACACCGUCGCCAGGCACGGGGGAAACACAAACGUCCGAAAGUACAAGCUGCAUGCAAAAUAGGGCACGAAAUACGUUUGUUAUGCGAUGCUUUCUGAUAAAAAAAUCUUGUUUUCAUGAUCUUUGUUAGCCGGCAUGAUAGACCUGUUAAUGUCUGCAAUGCUGCAUUAAAGAAAUGAAAAUGAGUAGUGAUUGUGAGAAAUGCAAACUCGCUUACCGACUCGACAUAGAUUUAUGCUUAGCAAUGAUGGCAAAUAAUGUUGAUAAUACUUUUUCUAUGUUAUGUGUUUAGUUUAUUCACUAAAAUAAAAAGAAAAAGAUCAUAUUGAUUAUAACGCGACAAGUGAAUAAUGUAUGCACUUGAAACCAUUACUUCAGAAUCUAUGACAAAUAUCAAUAAAUACCAAACUAAUCAUUGUCA